AUGGCCCAUUUUACGUGCCAAUUGAACCACCAGCGGUCGCGGAUUGAUCUCCCCUUGCACUUAACAGUAGUAGCCCAAGGUGCCGAGGAACAUCCUCUCCUGCCAACGUAUAAAUGUACCGCCUCCGGAUGUGUGCAGCAAAACACGUCGGUGGUGCUCGACCGCGACUCCAAGUUCGCUAGUGGCGCUGCCGGCUCCAGGUCUGCCGCCGACUACGCCGCGAUGGGGGUGACGACCUCGGGGGACGCGCUGACAAUGUAUCACUACGUCAAGGCGGCCAAUGGCGCGCUCAACGCCGCUUCGCCGCGCGUGUAUCUGCUGAAUGACGACGGCAAAUACACCAUGAUGGAGCUCCUCAACCAAGAACUCACCGUCGACGUCGAUCUCUCGGCACUACCCUGCGGCGAGAAUGGGGCGUUUUAUCUGUCGGAGAUGGAGCCCGAGGGCCGGGGUGGUGCGGGAGCCGGCAACGGCUACUGCGACGCGCAGUGCCAGGGAUACUGCUGCAACGAGAUGGACAUCCUCGAGGCCAACUCCAUGGCGACCGCCUUCACGCCCCAUCCGUGCAAGGGUGAUAAUUGCGACAAGGCGGGGUGCGGGUAUAACCCGUACGCGAGCGGCCAGCGCGAAUAUUGGGGCCCGGGAAAACCGUGGACACGAGCAAGCCUUACAUCCAAAACGGACAGCAGAUUAGACGAGGAAGUAAGUAUCGAUUCCGUACAAGCCCGGGUAGAAAAUUACCGCUCCCUCCCUUCAGAUAUCCGGUUUACUAAACAACAUCUCGCAGUGGUUCUGGCGAUGAGCAUCUGGAACGAUGCCGUUCAAAACAUGGCUUGGCUCGACUCUGGUGGCAAUGGGCCCUGCGGUGCUGGACAGGGAACCCCGUCCAAUAUUCAGUCGCAGCACCCUGACACCCACGUUACAUUCUCCAACAUUCGCUGGGGAGACAUUGGGUCGACCACUAAGGGUUGA